AUGGGAAGUACUCGAUUUGGAAAGUUUGAGGCUGCGCCUUUGCAGGCGGACUUCAUUCCUAGUUUGCAACAGCCGACUCAACAGAUUCUCUGGAUUGGAUGCUCGGACAGUGGGUUUCAAGAGACGACUAUUCUCGAUCUCCUGCCUGAUGAGAUGAUGGUACACCGGAAUAUUGGCAACAUGAUUAUCGAGGGUGAUUUGUCUUCGGAGACCGCAGUGAAAUAUGCCGUUUCUGUUCUUGGGGUGAGGCAUAUAGUCGUGUGUGGACAUUAUGGGUGCCAAAUAGUGAAGGCUGCGUCAAGGGAUGGGUUGCAGGGACCAUGGCAGAGCAAGCUUGAUUCCCUACACUCCACCCACAAAGACACCAUCGACCGACUGCCCGAAGCAGAAUCCGAUCGCGCGUUUGUCAAGUUGAAUGUUUUGGAUCAGUUGCGCUCUUUGCGACAAUUCCCCGAGGUUGUCGAUGCGGCAAAGUCGGGUAGCUUGCAGCUACAUGGAAUUGUGUACGAUACACUUACAGGAGAAGCAUCUCGGUUGCUUGAGGACCCCGAGUGUCGGAUUUAA